CAGAAGUGACGUCACGUUACCCGGCAACAGCAGCGACGCCCGGACCCCGGGACCCGGACACCCGACAGCGGCCCCAUGAGCAGCAAGGCCGGGACAUCGAGACAGGCAAUGUCUCGUCUCGCCACCACCAAGUCCCGCGGCGACAAGUCUCGCACAGUGACAGUGGCUCAGGUCCAGCAAGUGGCAGCGGACGUCAUACCAGGCCGCUUCACCGAGGAUGACUGGUUAUCUAUGGUGGCCGACGAGGACGGAGAGGAUGUGGUGGGAGACAUCGUGGAUGACGUCAUCAGCCGCGUCAUGGAUGAGUGCUUCACAGUGUACCUUACACGGCAGGUGAUUCCGUAUACCGUCAGCCAGGCCCGCGACGCAAUCACGCACAUCAUUAAGUGGACAUUCAUGCCCAGAGAUAAGAGUGAGGAUGAGUUGGACUCAGACACCAACUGGCAAGAGGAGCCGGCGCUGUGUCCCAAUGACUCCUGGGCACAGGGGUGUGUGCCCGUCACCCAACCUGUCCCGUCACUCCGUUCCAGUCACCCUCAGCAGGCAAGCUCAGAGCACCUCAUGCCAGAUAUCCCUGAACAAGAAGCAGAAGCUGGAACCCAGACAUUGGACCUCACAAUAUCUCUAAAUAGUUCUGAGUAUCCCACUCUGCCAAACCCUCGUCCAGCAGAAUCAGAAGCUAAAAUUCAGACAGUGGAACCCCAAAAAUAUCCACAGAAUUUUGAGGAUCUCCCUCUACCAAAUCCUGGGCAAGAAGAUACCCAGCCUUAUGCAACCCAAGCUUCUCAGCUACACAUCAAGCCUACGCCUCCACUUGAGCCCAAAAAGACCAGGAACCGUUAUCAUCCUCAUCGUGGACCUCUACGCUCAGCUGGCUUCAAGAACAUCACUAAGUCCCUCGAGGAGACAGAAAAAGAGAUGUUGUUGGAUCAGUUCCUCAGGGAAAAGGAAGAGAACAAAGCAGAUGAAACCCUUAAUCUUUUGCCCACAUCUUUGCACAACAUCCUGAAGAUCCAGCUCAUGAGGCCACCUCAGAAGAACAAUCUUAUCUACGAUGAUGCAGGAAAUAUUCUUUCUGUGCCUCAAGUGGACCUCUCCAAACUUCCACGACACCAUGUCAUCCCCCACAUUGAAGUGUUAGAUGCCAGUAAACAGUCAGGUAGGAAAGCAGGAAAUGUGGGUGUAGGAGCACCUAGUCUUGUGCGUAAAAGAGUCAGGAGAUCCAGUGAUAAAGAAGCCAAUAAACUGUGUGAGAAGUAUGGGUUACAGUUACACCCUGCGUCCUAUGAAUCUCAGGUGUCAGGUGAGAAGACACUUCCUCUGCACGCACUAACCAGGUCCAGCAGAGCAGAUGCUACGCAAGGUCCUAAUCCUGUCUCAGCUGGCAUUCUGCUAGAUACCAUGCAGCUUUCCCAUGGGGUUAUACUAAGAGAGGGCAACUUAACAAAGCGAGGGUCUCUAGACAUCCUUCAGCAGAGGGGAAAGGGCUGGACGGAGGAUAGAAGAGUACUCCGGCCCAUCAGAGCUUCCAUAACUCUGCCAAGCGUCUCUGUGGACCAGCUUAUUAAGAACAACAUACCUCAGGUACAGCCCCUUGUGUCCUUCAUUUCACCAUAAUGUCUGUGUGCCAACAUCUAAGCUUGAGGAGUCUCUUCCAUCUCCUCACUGAGGACUCUCAGCUAUUUCUCUGGCCUGGGGACUCUACAGUAAAUCUAAGGCCUGAGAUCUCUCCACUACAUCUCCUAGCUGAGGACUCUCCACUACAUCUCCUAGCUGAGGACUCUCCACUACAUGUCCUAGCUGAGGACUCUCCACUACAUCUCCUAGCUGAGGACUCUCCACUACAUCUCCUAGCUGAGGACUCUGUGUGCCAGGCAUCUUCUGCAGCCUAAAGACGCUCCACUACAUGUCCUGAGGACUCUCCACUACAUGUCCUAGCUGAUGACUCUCCACUACAUUUCCUAGCUGAAGACUCUCCACUACAUCUCAUAACUGAGGACUCUGUGUGCCAGACAGGCUAAAGAUUCUCAACUACAUCUCCUGAGAACUCUACUACAUUUCCUAGCUAAGGACUCUCCACUACAUCUCCUAGCUGAGGACUCUGUGUGCCAGACAUCUUCUGCAGCCUAAAGACUCUCCACUACAUCUCCUGAGGACUCUCCACUACAUCUCGUAGCUGAGGACUCUGUGCCAAACAUUUUCUGCAGCUUAAAGACUCUCAAUUACAGUACAUCUCCUGUGGACUCUUCACUACAUCUCCUGAGGACUCUCCACUACGUGUCCAGAGGAUUCUCCACUACAUCUCUUAGCUGAGGACUCUCCACUACAUCUCCUACCUGAGGACACUGUGUUCCAACAUCUGCUUCCGCCUAAGGAAUUUCCACGACAUACCCUGAGGACACCCCACUACAUCUCCUGAGGACACCCCACUACAUCUCCUAGCUGAGGACUCUCCUCUAUAAACCCUGUCUCAGAGUUGUGUAGACCCAGUGUACAGGACACGUCUGAGCCCUCCGUGUGACGUCACAGGAAGUGUCUACAGCAAUGUGUAUAAGAACGUACCCUUGUAUGUCACCUACAGAACAUACAUGACCGAGGCCAGGUGAGACACGUGCCAGAUAUGCAGCAGUACAUACAGGCGUGCACCGCUGAAUACAACAAUGCGUUGUCCCUUUCCUGGUGGGUGGAGGAGUGUGGAGAUACUAUGACCUGGCUGUGUAACUGGUGCCCACAUCAUAGUGUAAUACAUCAUUCACUGUCACAGAGACAUUAACCGUUCAUUCCAAUUAACAAUCAUUUGAUGACUUUAAUUUAAUGAAAUAAUAACUAUUACUUUCUCCAUAACGUGACACCUGAGUUUUCUCCUAAUAAAAUGAAUAAAACAGUUA